AUGUUGUCUAAAAUUGUGCAAAAUCUUUUUAAUAAUGUUAAAACACUUCCAAGAGAUAAAUCAAUCCCUCCACCUUUACUUUUUGAUUUACUUAUAGCGGCCGAUGAGCUUUGUCUUGGUAGAUUGAUUGAUCAUACGCAAAAACAACUUUGUGAUUCCUUGGAUUGUAUCAAUUUUUUCCUUGACAAUUUAGUCGGGAUUUAUAACCUUACAACACAAUUUCCACAUUUUCAAAUCCUCCAAAGACAUUUUACCAUGUUAAUUGAAAAUCAUCCAACGGAAAUAUUUAAUUCCCAUUAUUUUCUUGAACUACCCGAAGAGAUUCUCUUGUCAUGCUUAAGAAAUGAUAAUUUACAUCUUUAUGAAAUUGAGAUUUGGGAAAAAGUUUUAGAAUGGGGGAUUAAUCAAAUUCCAAGAAAGUUAAACAGGUUUAAGGUGGAAGAUUGGGAGGUUGAAGAUUUUAUCGAACUUGAAAUGAAAUUAAAGAAAUGCAUUCCAUUGAUAAGAUUUUAUCACAUUAAAUCGGGAAUUUUGUAUAAUGAUGUCAUUCCUUUUCAACCGAUUAUACCAGAUUCGAUCUUUAAUAACAUUUUAAAAUUUCAUCUAACAAAUGACAUAUUACCAUUGCCUAUUGAAAUAUCUAAUGUUAGAUGUCCAGAAUUAUAUGAUAAUAAAGCAACCUUAUCAAAUACAUUAAAACUUUUAGAUAGUAUUGAUAAAUAUUUUGGAUAUUUCUGGUCAAGAAUUUAUGCAAGGAAACUUCAUGGUUCAAUUGAAUUUUUUCCACGAUACUUGGAAGGUGUCACCAAACUUACAUACAUACCAGGUCACGAUGGGGAUAAUUACGUGAAAUUUGAUGAUUUGAUUCAAAAGUCAAUACUUAAACAAGCCUUUCUCAGUUCGAUGAUUGUUGAUUUCGCAUGGUUAUCCUCAAAGUUACCUAAUAAUCGGCAAAUUGUUUUGGCCAAAGACUGGAGAAAGGAAGAUAAUGAAUCGCAAGGAUUGAAUGGUAUCCCAAAUACAAAGUAUUUGAUCGUUCAUGCGCCUAAGGCUGAAAAUGGAUUCGGAUGUUUCCAUGCGAAAUUAAUGUUAUUGUUUUUCGAUAAAUGGAUGAGAGUUGUCAUUUCAUCCGGGAAUUUGGUUCCUCAAGACUGGGAACUUUGUGAAAAUGGGGUCUUUAUUCAAGAUUUUCUUGUUCGUGAUAAGUCUAAAGAAUUUAACGGUCUACAAGGAUUUGCUAGAGAUAUUAAUGAUUUCUUGGUAUCCAUGGGACUUAAAACGCAUAUCGUUAAUCUUCUUCCAGAAUACGAUUACUCAAAGUCAAAGGCAACUCUCAUUCCUUCAAUUCCUGGUAUUCAUAAAGGAAUGGAAAAUAUCAAAAGGUUUGGGCAUGGACGCAUAUGUAAGGCAGUUAAAGAAUUAUGCGGAAGUCGUGAUGAUGUUCAAUUAGAAUUUCAAAGUUCUUCGAUCGGCAGUCUUAAUAAACAAUACUUGGUUGAAUUUUACCAAUCCGCAAGGGGACUGGAUCCUGUUUCAGCUCUAAGCCGUCCUCGACCAAAAAAAGGAGAAGUUGAUCCUUUGCCUCCAAUCACCGUAGUAUAUCCUUCUAGUAAAGUUGUUUACGAGUCAAAAUAUGAAUAUUCGGAGAAACUUGCAAUUGCGUCGACAAUAUGCCUUUCCGAAAAAGCAUACAACAAAGAUACAUUUCCCAAAGAAGUUUUAAGAAAUUGCAUUUCUAAACGGGAUGGAAAGUUGAUGCAUUCAAAGUUUGCAUUGGCUCAAUUUCGGGAAAAACCUAAUGACAUGCCAUUAAAUGUUGAAUCACAAGAGAAUGCAGGAGGAUGGUAUUAUUGCGGGAGUCAUAAUUUUUCCGAAUCGGCUUGGGGAAAAGUUACCACGUCACGAGAAACAAAGGAAUUGCAAAUAAGAAUUAAUAAUUGGGAGUUGGGCGUUUUCUUUCCAAUUUACAGAAAAGAACAGGAGUAUCUUCCAAAUCAAGAUUACGACAAGAAAGAUUGGUUUAAUGAACAUUCUGUUCCCGUGCCUUAUAUUAGACCGCCACCUCGCUAUGCAGGAAAUGAAACGCCAAAGGUAACUUUAUAG